AUGGAGGAACUUGGUCUUUUUCGUGGUGAUACGAUCCUGAUUCGCGGCAAGAAGCGUCGUGAUACUGUUCUGAUUGUGCUGACAGACGAAGAGACGGAUGACUCCAAGAUUCGCUUGAACAGGGUUGCGCGUAACAACCUUCGUGUCAAGUUGGGUGAUCUGGUGAAUGUUCACGCCUGUCAUGAUAUUAAAUACGGCAAGCGCAUUCACGUUUUGCCAUUUGACGACAGCGUUGAGGGUUUGCAAGGCAACCUGUUUGACGUAUAUCUCAAGCCGUACUUUCUGGAAGCCUACCGGCCUGUUAGGAAGGGAGAUACGUUCAUUGUGCGUGGAAGCAUGCGUGCUGUGGAAUUUAAGGUGAUUGAAACAGACCCUGCGGAAUUCUGCAUUGUUGCGCAGGACACAGUGAUCCACACCGAAGGUGAUCCGGUUCGUCGCGAAGAUGAAGAGGCAAAUCUUGCCGAUGUUGGUUAUGAUGACAUCGGUGGUUGUCGUAAGCAGAUGGCACAGAUUCGCGAGAUGGUUGAGUUGCCUUUGCGUCACCCCCAGCUUUUCAAAAGCAUCGGUAUCAAACCUCCGCGUGGCGUUUUGAUGUUUGGCCCUCCUGGCACCGGAAAGACACUGAUGGCUCGUGCCGUUGCAAAUGAGACUGGUGCCUUUUUCUUUUUGAUCAACGGCCCAGAAAUUAUGAGCAAAAUGGCCGGUGAAAGUGAGUCAAACCUUCGUAAGGCCUUUGAAGAGGCGGAAAAGAACCAGCCAGCCAUCAUCUUUAUUGACGAAAUCGAUUCGAUUGCUCCCAAGCGUGAUAAGACAAACGGUGAAGUCGAACGUCGUGUUGUUUCACAGCUUUUGACGCUCAUGGACGGUUUAAAGGCUCGUUCAAACAUUGUUGUUAUGGCGGCUACCAACCGGCCUAACUCUAUUGAUCCGGCUCUUCGUCGUUUCGGUCGCUUCGAUCGUGAGGUCGACAUUGGUAUUCCCGAUCCGACGGGCCGUUUAGAAGUCUUGCGCAUUCAUACGAAGAACAUGAAAUUGGCUGAAGAUGUUGACUUAGAGCAAAUUGCAUCGGAAACUCAUGGUUAUGUUGGUUCGGACAUCGCAUCUCUUUGCUCUGAGGCGGCCAUGCAGCAAAUCCGCGAAAAGAUGGACCUGAUUGAUCUUGAUGAAGAUUCGAUCGAUGCGGAAGUUUUGGACUCGCUGGGAGUGACAAUGGAAAACUUCCGCUUUGCCCUCGGUGUCUCCAACCCUUCGGCUCUGCGUGAAACGGUGGUUGAAGUCCCGACUACUACUUGGGCCGAUAUUGGUGGCCUCGACAAGGUUAAGCAGGAGCUUCAGGAGACUGUUUCUUACCCUGUGGAACACCCCGAAAAGUUCCUUAAGUAUGGCAUGUCGCCUUCCAAGGGUGUGUUGUUUUAUGGGCCACCUGGUACUGGUAAAACCCUUCUUGCCAAAGCCAUCGCCCAUGAGUGCCAAGCGAACUUCAUUUCUAUUAAAGGUCCUGAACUUUUGACUAUGUGGUUUGGUGAAUCGGAAGCGAACGUCCGAGAUGUGUUCGACAAGGCACGCGCUGCAGCACCGUGUGUCAUGUUCUUUGAUGAACUUGACUCGAUCGCCAAAGCUCGUGGUGGCACCUCAGGUGAUGCAGGUGGUGCGAGUGACCGUGUUAUCAACCAGAUUUUGACAGAGAUGGAUGGCAUGAAUGCUAAGAAGAAUGUGUUUGUGAUUGGUGCCACCAACCGUCCCGAGCAAAUAGACCCGGCGAUUCUUCGCCCGGGUCGCCUUGAUCAGCUCAUUUACAUUCCUUUGCCGAACGAAGCUUCUCGGCUCGACAUUCUGCAAGCUACUCUUAAGAACUCACCCGUAUCUCCGAAGGUUGAUCUUUCCUUCCUUGCGAAACACACUCAUGGGUUCUCGGGUGCUGACCUUGCGGAAGUUUGCCAGCGUGCAGCUAAGCUGGCCAUUCGUGAAUCGAUUGAGGCCGAUCGUCGUCGUGACGAUGAAAAGAAGCUCCGUGGUGAUGAUGUUAAGAUGGAAGAAGACGCUGUCCAAGACGAGGACCCUGUCCCUGAAAUUACUCCUGCGCACUUUGAGGAGGCUAUGCGCUUUGCUCGCCGCUCGGUAUCUGAUGCCGAUAUCCGUCGUUAUGAGAUGUUCUCUUCUACCAUGCAACAAAGCAGGGGUGUAAUGGGAAGUAGCUUCCGCUUCCCUGAGGGUGGCAUCGAUGGUAACAGCAAUGCUCAACCGCAGGGCUCUGCCCCGUCUGCUCCUUCCGCUCCCGCUUCGUUUGGAACGGAUGAUGCAGACGACGAUCUAUACGCCUAA